AUGAACAACUCACUUAAAUGGUACGGUGCAACAGGUCACUUGCUUGAUUGGUUCACUGAUUAUCUUGCGAACCGAUCUCAAAGGGCUGUGAUUGACGGCGUAGCUUCUCAGUACCUACCAGUUACUUCUGGCGUGCCCCAAGGGAGCAUCAUUGGUCCUCUGCUAUUUGUCUUUUUUAUAAAUGACCUACCAGAAUUUAUUCCGAAUCAGUCAAAAACCGCUCUUUUCGCUGAUGAUACCAAGUUAUACAGAUCGAUUUCAUCCAUAAGCGACUACGAAAGCCUGCAGCGUGACAUUUCUAGUUUAAAUUAUUGGAGUCAGAAUUCAAAUAUGAAAUUUAACACUUUAAAAUGUAAAGUUCUCGCAAUCACACGUAAAAAACGGAUUAUCAUUUGGGCGAUGCAAAUCUACAAUGAGUUCAACAAGAAAAAGACCUCGGUAUAA